AUGGGGGACACUGGACGCGGACAAUCGGCCUCUUCGGGAGGCGAAGAGCGAGCGAACGCCGUCUCCACGCCGUCUAAACGCACACCAGUUGAUGCAGUGGCGUCUAGUGUAUCCAACGCACCGUCUGUCGCGCCCAACAGCGCGCUACAACCCACAGAAUCGGCGUCUAACCUCGAGGAUGUCUCCGCCGCCGAUUCUUCGGCUUCUCAGCGACCCCCGCGACCAGAAAACGCGCGUAAACCGUUGAAUACACCGCAGAGCAGCUCUUCCGACCGCAAACGCCGCAAAAACGGCACGAAUCGAGUCUCCAGCGGCGGUGACACGCCACUCCAGACUCCGCCCGAGGUCCCAGCGACCCCUACGGCGCCGCUGGAGCCCGAGCUCCCGCUACUGUCGGACUCGCAGUGGGAGAAAGAGAUCGCGGGCUUUGGUACGGUACUUAACGAUGUGCUGCACUGCGUGACGAACCGCGAGCUGGUGACCAAGACGGCCGAGUACAUGGCCACGUUCCCGCAACACGCUUUGCGCUUCCAGAUCAAGAUGAAGCAGCGAGCUUAUGCUGACGGAGCGAGAGGAUUCCAGGCCAAGUUGAUGUUGUUCUACGUCCUGCACGAGUUCCUGAAGUCCUUUGAAGGGGAACGACUGCAACAGAUACAACGCGAGUGGUUCCAGACGAUCGACGAGGUGCUCAACGCCUGCGCCCGGGAGAUCCGCUACGGUGACAAGCGCAACGCCGAGGAGAACCGGAAACGAGUGUUCAAGACUCUGGCUCGCUGGGAAGAACUGAAGCUUUAUCCGAGGAAGAUCAAGGCCUGGAAGAGUCUGGUGAUGGGAGAGUGCAAGCCUCGUAGAGCUCCAGUGCCGCUGCCUCGCAGCGAAUCUGAACGACAGGCUGAGGCUCCUGACCAGCUUCAGUCGUUCGAACUGCCGCCUCCAAGCACGCCGCAGCUGCAACUCGACCGCUCCAACAGCCCGCUGGUCUUCGAGCGCCGCAACUUCGACAGCAAACCGGAGGAGAAGCAGCACUGGCGCUACACAGCCAUUGCGUUCAUCGAUAUCCUGUCGCAGUGUCUGGGUCUGAGCAGCGACAUUGCGCUCACAGCCUGCAUCUUCUUCCAUCGCGUGUUCGACCGAGGCAUUUACGCUCGAGAGAGGUACAAGUUCGCCGCAGCUUGUCUGUUCCUGUCGGCGAAGGCUUCCAGCAAGCGGAUGAAGUUGCUACGUAUGGUGAGAGUCAUGUACGACAUCUUGGAGACGCCGCUGUUCGCUGGUGAUGAAGAAUUGCUGGAGAUUGAGCGUUUACAGCUGCUCUUCUACGAGAUGGAAGUGCUGCAAGGCAUCAACUUCGAGCUGACCACAGAGAUGCCCUUCUACUAUCUCCGUCGAGUGCUGGAGAAGAUGCCGGACAAGUUCCGAGACUCCAUUAGUGAUGACGCGCAGACAGUUCUCGAAGAAUUGUUCUUCCUGCCAGUUUGUGUAGACAUCUCUCCCCAGUUACUUGGUGAGGCGGCGGCGUACAUCGCAACGUGGAACAAAGGCAAAGACUUCAAGUUUAAGUGGUGUAGUCCGGGCGAAGAAGGUCACGCUUUCAACGAGCGGACAGCGAGAGACGCACUGCGAAGUUACCGAGCGCUUCAGAGAUGGAAGAAAAGUCAACAGGCAGAGUUUGAUGCGUUGGUAAAGUCAGCAAGUGGCUUAGAAGGUGACGAGGCUACAAAACUGAAGCUGGCGUUCAAGUCUCAACUGGGCGGUCUACGUCUGGACCCCUCGACUAUCCUGAACGAAGCAGAAUUUACCAAAAAGACAGAGGAAGACUCCAAAGAAUGGGCUAGAACUAGCAGGAAGAACGGCAGCGACAAUCGAUCAAGACGUGGCAACAACUCAAGGACAUACAGAGACGACAAUGAGCCACGGAUCAAGGUGGAAAAAUCUCAAGUCAGCAGUCGGGAGGAAGACUACCGAUAUGAUCGGGACCGCUAUCGAGCACGUAGUCGCAGUCGCAGCGGUAGCGGCUCGCGUUACGCAAGGGGAAGAGAAUCCACAGCCAAGUACGAACGUAGUGGAGAUCGUCGCGAUCGGUACGACUACGACGACUACGACGACAGUGAUCGGUAUCGGGAACGUAGACAUGAUGACAAGUACAGCUCCUCUCGUGACAGAUCUUCCAACUACGACCGAGACGAACGGGGCUACGAUCGUCACGGCACUCGAGACGUCGACUACUAUCGAGAUCCGUCCUAUUUCGACCGUCGGGAGCGGAAAUCCGAUCGCAACGGCCAUCGAGAACGUGGCAGUCGUAGCAACAGUCGAAGCAGAAGUCGGUCUCGAAGUCCGCGGGAGUCCUCAAGGGUCAGGAAACGCAAGCGAAACUACAGCAGUCGCGGUCGUUCGGACAGUCGAAGUCGGAGCUCAAGCCGAAGCCACAGUCGAGACCGCAGCUACUACUACCGAGCAGAGGACCCGUCUCCGUCGUCUAGAAGUGGGAGAACCAAUAAGAACAAGUAUGGCACGGCUCGUUCCAGUCACCGAGACUCAGAACGACCGCGCAUCAAGCAAGAGCGCAGCGCAGCUUAA